UCCAAUCCCAACAAGUGCCGGGAAUUCCUUCCUGAAUUCUUGUUUUUCACAGCCUCUCUGUGCUGCUCGUUACCGGAAGGGUUGAUGGACCUCUGUGGGCAACUAGUGGGCUAAUUUGAUUUUGCUAGCACGGAUGGAUGGGACAAGGACAGCUGACUUGCUUACGUAGUGGGGGGCGGGGGUUGCAACUGGAAGAACUGUAUCAUAGCCAAGGCUUCCGGAGGAUCUGCCGACUCCCCACUUUGCAACUGUGGAGAUGGCUUUAGGAAAGCAAACAUCUGCCACGCAUGUGGAAAGUGUUUUAAUCAGAAACGGAACCUUGCAAGACACCAGUGAAUUCAUUUAGGCCCCAAACCAUAUAAGUGCUUGAGAUGCAGCAAACAAUUGCUCGCCAGUCUCAUCUUUUGAGCCACCGCAGAGUCCACACCAGAGAAAAGCCCUACAAGUGUUUGGAAUGUGGGAAACAUUUUUCUCAACAGGCUCAUCUAGUGAGUCACCAGAGAGUUCACACAGGGGAGAAACCCUACAAAUGCGUGGAGUGUGGAAAAUAUUUUUCCUCUAGCUCAGCUUUUUUGAUACACAAGAGAAUCCACACUGGAGAGAGACCCUAUAAAUGUUCAGAGUGUGGAAAGUGCUUUUCUCAACAAGGUCACCUUAUGCACCACCAGAGACUCCACACGGGAGAGAAACCAUACCAAUGUGUGGAGUGUGAGAAGUGUUUUGCUAACUCCUCAGGCUUAGCAACACACCAGAGAGUUCACACAGGGGAGAAACCCUACAAGUGCUUGGAGUGUGGAAAAUGUUUUGCACAUAGCUCAGCCUUUUUGAUACAUAAGAGAACUCAUACUGGAGAGAGACCCUAUACAUGUUUGGAGUGUGGAAAAUAUUUUUCCUCUAGCUCAGCCUUUUUGAUACACAAGAGAACCCACACUGGAGAGAGACCCUAUAAAUGUUCAGAGUGUGGAAAAUGCUUUUCUCAACAAGGUCACCUUAUGCAACACCAGAGACUCCACACGGGAGAGAAACCAUACCAAUGUGUGGAGUGUGAGAAGUGUUUUGCUAACUCCUCAGGCUUAGCAACACACCAGAGAGUUCACACGGGGGAGAAACCCUUCAAGUGCUUGGAGUGUGGAAAAUGUUUUGCACAUAGCUCAGCCUUUUUGAUACAUAAGAGAGCUCACACUGGAGAGAGACCCUAUACAUGUUCAGAGUGUGGGAAAUGCUUUGGUCGCCAGUCACACCUUGUGAAACAUCAAAGAAUUCACACAGGGGAGAGGAGCUUUAAGUGCCCAGAGUGUAAGAAAUGUUUUGCGGACAGCUUUACCCUUGUGAUCCACCAGAGAGUCCACACGGGAGAAAAACCAUAUAAAUGCACAGAGUGUGAGAAAUGUUUUGCUUAUAACUCAUCUUGGAGGAAACAUCAGAGAAUUCAUACUGGAGUGAAAUCUUAUAAAUGUCUGGAGUGUGGAAAAUGUUUUUUUCACCAGCAAGACCUUGGGAUCCACAAGAGAGUCCAUACUGGAGAAAAACCAUAUAAAUGCCUGGAGUGUGGGAAGAGUUUUGGUUAUAAGUCAUACCUUGUGGAUCAUCACAGACUCCACACAGGGGAGAAACCUUAUGAAUGCUUAGAGUGUGGGAAGUGUUUUGCUCAGCAGUCCAACUUUGUCACGCAUCAGAGAAUCCACAGAGGGGAGAAACCCCAUAAAUGUUUGGAGUGUGGAAAAUGUUUUACUCAACCAUCAGGCUUGGUGGCACACCAGAGAGUGCACACAGGAGAAAGACCUUAUGAGUGCCUGAAGUGUGGAAAAUCUUUUGCCCACAGCUCAACCUUUGUGAAUCAUCAGCAGGCUCACACAGGAGAGAAACCCUACAAAUGCUUGCAGUGUGGGAAAUGUUUUGCUCGCCGUUUGAACCUUCAGCAACACCAGAGAGUCCACACAGGAGAGAAACCUUAUUCAUGCUUGGAGUGUGGGAAAUGUUUUUCUCUCCGUGCAGGAUUUGUGAAACAUCAGAGUGUCCAUACAGGAGAGAAACCUCACAAAUGUCUGGAGUGUGGGAAAUGUUUUUCUCACCGUCCAGAUCUUGAGAUCCAUAGGAGAGUCCACACUGGAGAGAAACCUUAUGAAUGUCUUGAUUGUGGGAAACGUUUUACUCAACGUCCACACCUGGUGAUUCACCAGACAACCCACACUGGAAAGAAGCCCUGUAAAUGCUUGGAGUGUGGGAAAUGUUUUGCUUACAAGUUGCUUCUGAUGAGCCAUCAGAGAGUGCACACGGGAGAAAAACCUUAUCAGUGCCUUGAGUGUGGGAAGUGUUUUGCAUAUAGUACACAUCUUGUGACCCACCGAAGAGUCCACACAGGAGAAAAACCGUAUAAGUGCCAUGAGUGUGGGAAAUAUUUCUCUCAGCGCUCACAUCUUGUGGUUCACCAGAAAAUCCACCAGAAAGUCCACAUGGAAAGGAAACAAAAUUGAGGAAAACCUCAGAUAUCCCAUACAGGUGAUAGAAAAUCUGGAAUAAUGUAUAUAUUGCAGAACCUCUAGAGGUCAAUGCCAAUGGUCUCUUGGUUCUCUGGGCCAAAUUGCGACUAUCCUAAAAUCCCUCUGCCAGUGGAAAAUGAAACUGUUGGGCAGAUGUUUUACCAUGUUUAGUGUCCCCCCCCCCCACAUAGGAGUGAAUUCAUUUUAUACAUGACCAGGGCAGACACCAUUUAAAGAGACAGAUCUUCAGUCUCGUGCUGCCAUCGCAUUGGUUUGAUCUCUCAUACGUUAUGCUAGAUUCUGUAUUUCACGGUCCUCACCUCCCCAUUCUAAUCAGAACAUAUGAACAGCCCUGCUGGAUCAAGCCCAAGGCCUAUCUCGUCCAGCAACCUGUUUCACACAGUGGCUCACCAGCUGCCUCUGGGGGAGCCCACAGGUAAGAGGUGAGCACAUGCCCUCUCUCCUGCUAUUGCUCCCCUGCAACUUGUAUGUAUGUAUGUGUUUAUUUAUUUAUUUAUCAUAUUUUUACACCGCCCAAAACCUACGUCUCUGGGCAGUUUACAACAAGAUUAAAAAGUAAAAUAUUAAUUAAAAACAAAAACAAAGGAAAAACAAAAAAAAUUAAAAGCAAGAAAUUUAUAACACAAUUUGAAAUUUUAAAACAAUAUUCUAAAAACAACAUUCAAAACAAUCAAAACAAUAUCAUUUAAAAGCCUGGGUGAAGAAAUGCAUCUUUAAGGACUUUUUAAAGGAUGUCAGAGAUGGGGAGGCUCUUAUUUCACUAGGGAGCGCAUUCCAAAGCCUCAGGGCAGCAAUGGAGAAGGCCUGUCCCUGAGUAGCCACCAGACGAGCAUUGAGAGGCAUUGUGCCGCUGAGGCUGGAGGUGGCCCAUUACUAGUAUCUGAGCUAGUAAUUUUCUGUAUGUUCUUUCCCAAAAUCCGGACCUCACAAGGCAAGGCAGUUGAGGUUGGAGUACCUUGGAGAGCUCCCAGUAAACAACAUGCUCUGAUAUGCGCCAAAGAUGAAAUGAGGUCUUAAAUACCUCCAGACUCUAUCUCUCUCAGGUUCUGCUCGUCUUCCUGCAGAGCAGAGAGAUUAAGCUGAAGACCUCUGGCUUUGUCUCAUAUUUCUCAGCUCCAUCUAGGCCAGGCGUGCACAACUCAAAUUACCUGGUGGACAGAAACUAACCAUGACUUGGUUCAUGGGGGCCGAGGUCAAUUUUUAGGAUGCUGAUUAUUAAAGUAGCACAUAAUAUCAAUCAAUUAAUUAAAUUAAAUUAAAGUGAAAUUAAUUAAAAUGAAUUUAAUCAAAAUUUAACUUUUGAAGUUCUGGCAGGCCAAGAUUAAUUUAAAUUAAUAUGAAAUAAAUUGAAUUAAAAUUCAUUCUAAUAAAAUAAAUACAAUACAAUCUGUACAAUAUACAUAAUAAAAUGCAUUAUUUUUCCUUUCCACCUCUGCCAAAUCAUCACACUCAACAUGGAGCACUUGUAAGGAAAAAAAUUAAAGAAGUUUUUCUCAUCAUUUUGGAUAAGAAGAUUACACUUUGAUCAGAAAGGAGAAGGAGAAAGAAAGAGGGAAAAGAUGGGGCAGGAGGCUUGGCUUAAGGGAGAGAAAUUGGAGGGGGAAAGGAAAGGGAAAGGAUGGGACAGGAGGCUUGGCUUCAGAGAGCGGGAGUGGAAGAGAGAGAGGGUGAAGGCUUUAUGAGAGGAGCCAUUCGGUCCCACCACUCCCCUGUGCUCUUCCUUUUAAAUUUCUGCUGCCAUGCGGCCUAGGGAUGGCUCUGGGGGUGUGAGCUAGGAGUAGUCCUCCCCUGCCUCCCCUGGUGGGGCAGCAGCAGCUCCCAGAGUGAUGUAGGGUCUGGCAUUUGGCCCCACAUCUCUUCCCAGCUGCGAGGAGUGCCUACGCAGUGGAGAGAUUGUCGCAAGCCUGAUCGUUGCAAGAUGCGGGGGCCAAACGGCAGGCCCUGCGUCACUCUGGGAGCUGCCGCCAGGGCAGGGAAGGACUACUCCUGGCUCACCCCCCUGGCAGCCCUCCCUUGGCUGUGCAUCCCUUGGCAGAAAUUUAGACAAAUAAAAAAAUUAAUACAUGGAGGUUUGGGUCAGGAGGAAGGCAGGAUGGGGGGAAAGCAGAAUGGCCCCAAGGGCCAAGAAAAAAGGCCUCGCAGGGCACAUGUUGUGCAGGCCUGAUCUAGGUCCUCCUGGCCCAUUGCCAGCACUGUUGUGCAGGGUUUGGAGAGUGCAAGACACAUGGUGUGAAAGAGGUUGGUUCACUGAGGAGAGCUUGGGCUCAGUGCAUGUGAGUUCAGCUCCCUCCUCUUCAGGGUCAGACUGCAUGCUACCGCUGUGGGUUGGGCUCAUGUUUAUUACCCUCUAUUGCCUCACUGAGUCCCUAAGAGUGGGAAACGUCAAAGAAGCCACACUGGAAAGAAAAUUGGCUGAAUGGGUUGUGCAUGAGAGACCCUCAUUCUUCCAGAAAGAGUCCCCGCAAAAAAAAAGAAGCACAUGAAUAGCUGAAGAUUUCUUUAGAGAGAGCCUUUGAUGGAUGGAACUUUGGCAGGGUAUCUGAAGAAAUUGCAUUAAGGGGGAUUAAAGUGUCUAGGUUAUUUACAAGUUAAACAAAGAGCCAUAAAUGGAAGUGUGUUACAUUCCUAUUUUGGUGAAUGUCUUUUUGUUGUUGUUCUAUAUGUUACCUUCUUAAUGAGACAUCAUGUCUAAACACAAAACUCUAUUCUCUGUAUUGUUCCAGUGGCCAAUACAACUGGCAAUUCCCCUUCCAGUAUUCCUCUAUCCCAAACCUGCUCAACUUUGCCCCCCCCCCGCCCAGCGGUUUUUGGACAACAACUCCCAUAAUCUCCAGCCACAGUGGCCAAUAGCCUGGGAUUAUGGGAGUUGUAGGCUAAGAUCUGCAGGAGGGCUGAAGUUGAGCAGCCCUGCAAUCCCUUCCUUGCUUCAUGCUUUUGCAAGGAGGGGCCUCCCAUACACUGCUACCACAGACACUAAGAGCCUAGCCCCAAAGCAAUAUCUUUCUCAGUCCAACAGUGGUUGUAUUUCCCUGAGGAACUUAGGAAGGAACACAGGAAGCUGCCAUGUACUGAGUUAGGCCAUUGGUCCAUCUAGCUCAGUAUUGUCUACACAGAUUGUCAGCGGGUUCUCCAAGGUUGCAGGCAGGAAUCUCUCUCAGCCCUAUCAUGGAGAUGCUGCCAGGGAAGGAACUUGGAAGAACCACCUGCUCUUCUCAGAGUGGCUCCAUCCCCAAUGUCAGAGCGGCUCCAUCUGAGCUUGCAGAUUUUCUCUUCACAAAGCAUUGGGAAGAGGGAGCCUACUUGGCUAUAUGCUGAGGGAAGAGAAACUGCCCGAGUGAGUGUGGUGAUGGUGCUGCUGAAAAGUGAGCAUCAUAUGCCACUGGAUGUGGGGCAACACAAGAAAUAGGUAAAUAUGUGAAGGGCAUCUCUGAGUGCCACCAAUACAUACUGGUGUGAGAUGAAUCUGUAUGUUUUUGCUUCCUUAAGGGAACAAGUUGCAAAUCAACUUUCAGAUAAGUUAAAGCUAAGUGACAAGUUAAGCCAGGGACACUCACUCUUGCCAACAGAAGAGUUGGUACAUAAUAAACAGUUUAUGUACUUAAAAAGCAAUGCAGAACUGUCCAAGAGCUGGAAUGGAAAAGAACUUAUUCACUUUGCCCAUGGAGUCCAGUUGUGUGUUUCUGUUGGUUGGGAUUUUGUAGGCCCAGUCUAGCCCUUUCCCAUGUUUUCCCUCAUGGUAAUGGUUAAAUCUACUCUGUGCUUUGUUCUGACCUUGCUUGCUGACUUUCUUUCAUCUUCUAGUAAGACUGUGCAAGUUGGAAGAUUCGGAAGCCUAUGUCAGAAUUCAUUCUCUCACUCUCUCACACACGCACACACACAAAUACACAUACCCCGUGAGGAGCCAGCCAAUCGCAUGGCAGUU